AUGUCUGUCAAGCCGAAAACUUACGUCCACUGUCAACUCGCUACUGUUAUCCUGGCAUGGAGUACCGUUAUUCCACUACCAUCAUCUUUCGUUGUGAAUAUGGAUACAGAGGCGCAGCUUGCGCUGCCGCAAUCGUUGGAGACGUUAUGGGAUGAGAAAGAUAUACACGAGUCUGGCACUAUCAACGCCAAAGCGGAUUCCCCAAUGCGUCAUUCGCUGGAGACGUCGAAUGGUCUAUGUACUAUUGGUGCAGUGCGUGCUGUCUCUGAUACUCGGCUUGCAUCGCCUGUCACCAAGGAUGCUUCGGGGCGCCCAUCUCCGCAAACUCUUGUCGAUCAUUCUGAAAUCGAUCCAUUUCAAGCGUUACCCAAAAGGCCACGAGCUUUUUCCGAAUCCGAUGCAAAAGAGGCAGAGGGGAAUCUCUCUUCUCGGUCAACAUGGCUUCCCUCUGACAUCAUUAUACGGGACUUUGCUUGUAUACAGUUGACUUCAUCCUCGGACUCCAAAACUCCUUUACCAACUCCGUUUCAACUGGCUAUUAGAAGACGCAGAAGCCAACCGCUCGAUUUCACCCGCCAUAUAGUUCCUCUACCCACAACAAUCAAGCUCAAACGUAUAAUUGAGAAUAAAUCCGCGCAUGCCACAGCACUCCCUGAUCUUUCUCCCAAAUAUGUCGGCAAACAUCCCGCUCCGUACAUCAUGCCGUCUCUCACGGACCUGGAAAAGAUUCUACACCCCACGCUCAUCGACGCCAUCCUCCUGUCAGACUACGCCGACGACUUUCCAAACCGCUGCUUCUGCUCGCUCGUUCUGCACGAAAUCCAGUGCAAGCUCCCCACCAUGCGCCUUGACCUCCACAGCCCCCGAAACCAUCAGCACCUCCAGACACAGUUACGCUGCAUACUCUCUAAAAACACAAUUGUGCUCGACAAGCUCCUCGGUCUCUACGGCGAUGCAUUGCGACUACAUGCGCACGCACGCAUAAACUCGCGGCCCAUGGUGCUAGAUACCUGGAACGAAUUCGUUGGCUUGCUAAUCGAAGACGUGUUCAUGCUGCCCAGGCACCCUAUCUUUGACCAGAUUGACGAGUUGGAGCGGCUGGAGCGUGCGGUGGAGGUUGGGCCUGACGACGAGUUUUUCGUGGAUAGUACCGGGGUCAGGGCUGGGUUGAGGAAAAGUAUAGAGAAGGGGAGGCGCAAGAUAAGGGUGUUCAAGUAUAAGGGUGAUAAGAGGGUGGUUAGGUCAAGGGGGAGGAGGUGGGAUUUUACGUCUUAG